AUGAAGACCUUCGCUGUCCUCGCCGGGGCCCUGCUCCUCGCCGCCGGGGCCUCCGCCGACGCGCCCAACUGCGCCGCCGUCGCCCUGUCCGCCAUCCCGCAGUGCGCGCAGUCGUGCUUCCUCAAGGGCGCGCCCGAGGUAGGCUGCGGCGGCACCGACUUCGCCUGCCAGUGCGAGCAGGAGGCGCGCCUGUACGCCGCCAUCGAGGGCUGCGUCGCCAGCGGCUGCCCGGCCCAGUCCUACCAGGCCGUCAUCGACGGAGCUUCGUCAGUGUGCAACUGCGCCGUCGGAGGCAACACCGCCGGGGGCUCCAUGACCGUCGGCUCCAUGGUCAACACCGUCUCCAACCUGCCCGCGACCGCCUCCAGCAAACCCACCGGCUCCGUAUCAGGAGGCGGCGGCAAGACCACCCCGCCCGCGACGGUACCUGCGGUCUCCACGGCGACGGGCGCCACCUCCGCCGCAGGUCGCGGCUUCGGUCUCGACAUGGCCGUCGUUGCGGCCGCUCUAUUCGGAUUCACUGGCUUCAUGCUAUAG